CAGAGAUCUUCUGGAAUACCGUGACCCGCGAGGUUAACCCAAGUGCAUAUGCUUCUGAAUUAAGCAUGCAGGCUGCCUCUAAAUGAAUCUAUCUUUUUACACUUUUACACAACUCAGGGCUACUGCAGGCCAGUUAUCUUCUUCCUUUGGCAAAGCCUGAACAUGUAUGCAGCAAUGGCCACUAGAAACUCCCGGCUACGAAAUAGAAGUUCUCAAGGCAGUAAUAGUUGUCAGACCAGUCUCUUAGGCUGGAAAGUAAAAGAGAAAUCCGGCAACUCGGAGAGAGUCUUGAAGGAAAGAAAUUCAAUGGAAGAGUUUAAACAUGCUGAUGAUCAAACUGAAGAUGCUCUGCAGAUAGCAGUAGGAUACUUUCAGAAAGGUCCCAAGAAAGCUUCACUGAGUAAAGAUACAAUCUUGGAAAAACACAUGAAAACUGUGGAAAAUAUGGCUUGGAAAAAUGGCUUAGCUCCAGAAGCAAUUGAUAUUUUAUUAAAUGUGGCACUCAAUGGCAAGUUUGGGAAUGCUAUAAACACACGGAUAUUAAAGUGCAUGAUUCCUGAAACUCAUAUAGCAGAAGACUCUGUGGUUAAGGCGGUGUCAUGGCUCUGUGUUGGCAAGUGUUCUGGUAAUACCAAGGUACUUUUUUAUCGUUGGUUGGUUGCGAUGUUUGACUUUAUUGAUCAAAAGAAGCAGAUUAAUUUGCUUUAUGGCUUCUUUUUUGCUUCAUUGCAAGAUGAUGCUCUGUGCCCCCAUAUUUGCCAUCUGUUAUAUUUACUGACCAAAAAAGAGAAUGUCAAACCAUUUCGUGUGAGAAAAUUGCUUGAUCUUCAGGCCAAAAUGGGAAUGCAACCUCAUCUCCAGGCUUUGUUGUCGCUGUAUAAGUUCUUUGUUCCUAGUUUGAUUUCCGUAACUUUGCCUGUAAGGAAGAAGAUCUAUUUUAAUACUUCAAAAAACCUGUGGACUUCAGCUAUGCUUGCUAUGAAGCUAAGAAACCAAGGAGCUUUUCCAGAACCUACAAAGCUGACAUUAAGUCCGACUAAGGGCCGUUGCCUAAAAAGAAAAUGGAAUUCUCACUCAGUUAUACCAGCGCUAAAUUCUGCUAACAAAGAAUGUGGGAAUAAGAAGAUGAGUCUUUCUGAUUAUCUUAGCAGUGAUAGAUCACUUCCACUAGAACAGCUUCAAAGUUUCCCUCAACUUUUACAGAACAUUCAUUGCUUAGAGCUGCCUUCUCAGAUGAGCUCAGUGCUAAACAACUCUCUGCUACUUCAUUAUAUUAACUGUGUCAAAGAUGAGUCAAUCUUAUUGAGGCUCUAUUAUUGGUUGAGUCAAGCAUUCCAAGAAGAAUGUAUAUGGUAUAAUAUAAAUAAUUAUGAAAGAGAAAAAGAAUUUAUAAACUUCCUUGACAUUGUCAUCAGGACGCAGUGUUUCCUACAAGAAGGGUUUUACUCUGGUGAAGCUUUCUUGUAUAAAAGCCUGCCUCUCUGGGAUGGCUUCUCUUGUCGGUCACAGUUCCUUCAGCUUCUGGCCUGGAUUCCAUUCAGUAGCUUCUCUGAGGUGAAGCCACUUCUUAUUGAUCAUCUAGCGCCUCUCUUCUUUACAUCAACCAUUUAUUUCAAGUGUACUGUUCUUCAAAGUCUGAAAGAACUAUUGCAGAAUUGGCUGUUGUGGCUUUCUAUGGAUGACCACAUGCAAUCCAUGACAGACAGUCCUCUAGAGACAACUUUGGGUGGAUCCAUGAACUCUGUGUCUCAGUUGAUUGAGUACAUUGGCUGGCUGUCCAUGAUUGCAGUGCGCUUGGAGAGCAACAGUACAUUGUUGUUGCACUUUAUUUUGGACUUCUAUGAGAAGGUCUGUGACAUAUAUAUAAAUUAUGACCUUCCAUUAGUGGUGUUGUUUCCUCCUGUGAUCUUCCAUUCUGCACUCCUAAGCCUGGAUGCCAGUAUCUUGAACCAACUCUGUUACAUUAUGUACAGGUAUCACAGUAAUUUGAUAGCUGCAAAGAAAAAGGACUUUUUGCACAAGGCAAAAUCAGAGUUCAAUUUCAACAGCAAGGUCUGUCGGGAAUUUAAUUACUAUCUGACAGCUAUGGUUUGUUGCCUAUGGACAUCCAAACCAUUUGCAAAAGGACUAUUCAUUGAUCUGCAAAUCUUAGAAGACACAGGAAGAACAGAGUACAAAAACAGCUUAAAUUUUAUCCACCAUCCUUCUCUAUUGAGCUAUGCAGCUUCUUUUCUGCUACAGGAGAACCCAGAAGAAAGGACGGUAGACCUGAGCUCUAUUCGGGGGAAGAAAUGGAACUGCUCUACAGAAGGCACUAGAAGCAAUAUUUUACCCUGAAGAGAAGAAUAAGAGGACACAAAAGAAUAAAUAAUCCCAGAGCAGUUGGUCAAAAUGGGGGGGAUGGUGUUCCUCACUCUGU